CCUCGCGUUAUUAGAGAAUCUCACUGCGGCAAUGGUGGUCGGCAUGCCCUCGACGGUGGUGUCGCGCAGCAGCGGGGUUGCGAUGGCCAUCUCAAAGCCGUCCAACGCCAUGCCCUUCCUCACCGCGCCGCCGUGCCAGUCGUCAAAGCUCCCGGGCGCCGAGACUGGGUUUGACCCUCUCUACCUGUCCGAGUUCAUCGACAUCAAGUGGGCGCGCGAGGCGGAGCUGAAGCAUGGCCGCAUCUGCAUGCUGGCGACGGUGGGGUACAUCAUGCAGGAGUUCUUCUCGCUGCCCGGCUACCCCGGCUACACGCCCAACCCCAUCGAGGCUGUCUCUUCCACGCCGCCGGAGGCUCUCGCGCAGAUCGUCCUCGUCCUCUCCAUCAUCGAGUUCAACUCGAACAAGGACAAGUGGACGAUGGACACCAUGUUCACCGACCCGGCGCGCGAGCCUGGCAACCUCGGCUUUGACCCGCUCAAGUUCGGAGAGAACAAGGAGACGCGCGAGCGCCUCGCCAUGGCGGAGCUCAAGAACGGCCGCCUCGCCAUGAUCGCCUUCUCCGGCAUGAUCCACCAGACCUUCGUCACCGGCAAGCCGCUCUUCGCGUCGCUGAACGACAUCUUUAGCAGCCCCUAGAAAGCCGUGCGAGCAACCCCCGUGGUCGCAUGCCCCUGUGUGUGGUGGCGGUUCGCCGUUCUCCCAUCCCUCUGUCGGUCCCCGGGUGUCUGAUGUUCCUUUCUUUUCAGUUUUCUGAGAGAGAAGCUAGAGGAUCUUCCCACGGCAAGCUCUGCUGUGGAGAGCGCUCCUCCAACAGCAACACCGCGGUCCCCCCACUGCCCACACGCACACCAGCGCAACCCCAGCAGCAGCGCGGAGUCGCGAGAGGGCGCACCCACACGCUGACGCGUGUGCUUGUCACACUGAUCACUGUGAAAACGAGAGACGAGCGCGCGGGUUUCAGAGCGCCCGCGGCAAAGUGGUGGAUGAGUGGGACUCGGAGCCCGCCCAGAACCGCCCCAUCUUGCGCGCGGGCCGGAGCGAAAUAAGCGUCUUUCUUGGCACGGUGCUCACGAGAUGCGGCAGCCUCGACGUCAUGCUUCCCGCGCGGUGCGCUGCGGUGCUGUGCGACUCGGCUCCACAUGGCCCAGCCUCCAUGAAACGCCUUGCCGUUGAACUCGGUGGAGUGAACGAUGCUGGACCGGCGCGAGCCAGCGGCUUUCCCAGAGCCGCGUAGCUGUGCGACUCCGACCCAGCCCAGUAGACCGGCGCCGAGAGGCGGCGCAGGCAGGUCCUGAAGGUCCUGGACGCCAUCUAAACCACUGAUGCAGAGGCAG